AUGAUAAGCCCUUACUGCCUGCUCCUCCUGCCGCUGGGCGCCUGCUUUCCUCUGCUGGGCACAGAAGAGGCCGCCGCGGGUGGCGUCAGAGGCGAAAUGGGCUGGGCCCACCUGCCCGGGGGACACCGAGUCUCCCUCCCACGGGGCUCCCCCCGGCGGCCGAGAGCUCCGCACCCACUGGGCCCGCCUGUCACGGCCAAGGAGCUGCAGACGUCCGGCAGGCAGCGUGCUGGCUUCAGGGUCCGGUCUGGGAGGCAGGAUGACGGCGGCGAGGCGACCGGCUUCCUCCUGGCGGAUGGCGACAAGGCUAGCGGCCCGUUGGGGACCCUGGCUGAGGAGCUCAGCGGUUACAGCAGGAAGAAAGGCGGCUUCAGCUUCCGCUUCGGCCGGCGGUGAAGGGGCUUCUCGGU